UCUUUCGUUCUAAGUGAUUUUUAUAACAAUUCAACAAUCAUCAUGAAAUACGCGGUUGUCUUCGCUAUUGUAGCAUUAGCUACCAUUGUUUACGCUUUACCUAAGCCAGACGAUGAUAAAUAUACAACGAAAUACGAUAAUAUUGAUAUCGAUUCAAUUCUAUCGAAUGAACGAUUAUUGAAGAACUAUAUUGAUUGUAUUCAAAACAAAGGAAAAUUACAUUUGAAAGAUGCUAUCCAAAAUUGUUGUGAAAAAUGUUCCGAUAAGCAAAAGGAAGGCGUUAUGAAAGUAUUCAAAGUUUUCAGUGAAAAGAAACCUGAAGUUAUGAAACAAUUACAAGAAGAACAUGAUCCAACUGGCGAAUAUGAAAAACUUUGCCGUGAAAAGUAUCCUGAUGUAAAAAUUUUUUAAAUAAUUAAAUAAAAAUUAUUUAGAUUUAAGUUAUACCAACAAAAAAAAAGUUCCAAAAAUAAUUUGUAUAAAAGUGAUAAUUUCUAAUA